AUGGCAGAAAGUGAUAUCGGCUUUUAUAGUUCCACGCGGCAGACCUCGAUGACUUCCGCCUCUGACAUGGACACUGAGCAAGACGCGUCUAUUCAGACAACUGCAAUCUCUAUGCCCUCGACCGCCGUCCGUACUGGGCCCACCACUGCGGCUGUCAAUGGCACGUCCACAGUUUUCACUGCCGAGGCCUUAUAUGAGCACAUCUGCGAGGGGCAUGUUGACCGUAAGGCCGCUAGCAACCUCAGCUUGGCAUGCCAAUGGAGUAGCUGCAAUUUUACUGCUGCCAAGCGGUACCACAUUACCUCCCAUGUUCGGGCUCAUGUGCCGUUCAAGCCUCACAAAUGCCAUUUCUGUAACGACUCUUACAAGCGCCCCCAUGAUUUGAAGAAACAUGUCAAGACUCAUACGAAAGACCAGGAGAUUCGAUCUGCUGAGAUAGGCAUGAAGCAAAAGGAUAUUAUAUUCUCUGGGAAAUCAAGAGAUCUAGUCGCGUGA